GUAACCAAAAAAAGAAAAGACCUUCCAAAUCCAUAGUUCCGUCAGCAGCAUAUCAAAAACAGGACAGCCCACAGAAAAAAAACACAGCCAUACAAAAAUGCCUUUCUAGUACAAAAACACCAUUCUUUUGAAGCAAGCUUCCUUCCGAGAGAUUCUACAGCCUAGUUCUAAUUGUUUUCUGAUUUUCACGAUAUUCCACAUCCAAAAACAGAAUACCGAAUAAUAAACGCUUCUUAAAAGCAAAACCCAAAAAAGCCAAAAGUGGUGGCGAGGAAGUGGUGAAUGGCAAGAACCAACAAAUACUCCUCCAUUAAUUUUAAUCAUGUUCUUGAGAAAAACCUGACCUCCUCCAGCUCCAAUAAUUCUCAAACCCAUCAUCAAAACCAGUCUUCUUUUCCAUCUUAUUCUUCCAUCUCAUCCCACGCCAAAACUCAUGGGCGCAUGCUCGUCCUAACCCGUACCUCUCCCAAGCCCAUUUCAAAUCAUCCUAUUGACUCCUCAACACCGCCUAAACAGCCUCAAGCCCGGUCAGCUCUAGCUCCCGAUCAAACACCGCUCUCUAAUCUGGUUGAUGAUCAGAUUUCUCUGCGUCCUCUGGGUCGAACAGGUUCUGUAUUAUCAGUUCCGGAUCAGGAGAAGGAAGUUAUAUCGGUUUCCGGGUCUUCGAAACCGGAUCGAUUUGUUCCACCACAUCUUAGGCCGGGUUUUGUGGGAAAAGAGGAGAAGCUUCAACCGGAAGUUUUCUUGAAAAAAGAACAUAAGCAUUUCGGCUCAGGUGGUCGGUACUCAGAAGAUGGGCGGCCUAAAUCAAGUGGUUAUGAGAAGAUAAGAAAAGGCGGUGAAUCAGAUCUGAAUUUGAUUAGUCGGGCCAGAUCUAGUGGGAAUCGGCCCAGUUCUAGUGGAUAAAUUGUUCUGAAGAAUUUGUUUCAAAGAUGGAGGUGGAACUUUCUUUGAAGGUAUAGAUGGAUGCUUUAUUGUGAAUGGCUGCUGUCUCUGUUGCUCAGUAAAUUGCGUUAUUUUUUCAAAAGCUUGGUAGAAUCUCAUUUUGUGGAAAUUAAAAUACAGUCAGGUGGCACUUAUUGGGUGGGUUUCUAAACUCAAAUGAUAGAAGCACUAUGAGGUGUUCUAUUCAAAAAUAGAGGUUUGAGGACCAAAGUCCCUUCAGAUCUCAGAAAUUAGCUGGCCGUUAAGAAUAGAUCUAGGUGCCUAUGGAAUGUAGAAUUUACUUUUGUUUUUUCUGUUCAGCCACUUUAACUCUUAUGGAUGGGCUGAAAUGUUGCCUCUCUCCUUAUUCUUUGUCUUGGUUGUACUUUGAACAUUUUUUCGGUUUCAUAUACUUUUAUUUAAUGCUUCUCCUUUUUCUAUCAAAAUUUG